AUGCCGGUCCGCCAUGAUCUCGACGACCUGUCCACCUCCUGUUUGCCCUGCUCUUCGAUUAUCUCAUUCUCCAUCAACCAUCACCAUGGCGGCAUUGCUAUUUCACCCGAUACUCGUCUCCUCCGUCGAGUACUCCGCGUCCACCUCCACCAUCUAUUCUGGCUGUCGAUUUUGCUGCUGCUACUAAUAGGACUGUUGCCCACCACCUUGAGAGCCGAUUCACCAACCACCCAUCUACAGUUGCUACCUUUUUUUCGUUCCAAAGUCAGGCUGGAGGAUUCUUCAUCCCCAAUUGAGGCUGCAACGAAGCUGACUGUCGGACAGGUUGGAGCGGGUCAUGACGUCAGACGGACGGUCCAGACGCGGGUCAAGAGGGCGGAGACUAAAUCAUCUCCGGCCAAAGGCUACCUCGCCGUUGGCCUCGCCUCCCAGAGUUCGGCUUCUGCACCCGCCUACUCUGCGGCGGCAACAACAGCAGCUGUCGUUAAGGUGACUGAAACAUCCGUGAAACAGGAGUCCGACAGUGCGCUCGACAGUCUCGAGAGGGCCAGAAACACCGCGGCUACUGGAAUGGCUGGAAUCGUCGGCCUCAGGAGUAGUGGUGGUGGCAGUGGCAGUAUGAUCGCCAGCCGCCCUGGGUCUGUGGUGGACAGGUAA